AAAAGGAAAAACCCCAACUUCCUUAUACAGGCUCACAAAUCAACCAGAAGCCUCCCGUGGCCGCAUUCAGCAGCUGUGCCAGAGUCGUUAAGCCGAGCGAAAAGACAACAGCUAACAGCUCGGAUGGAGUUUUUAGGGUGGGACACGAUCUGAAAGCACUGAGUGAGAAGAAAAGAUUGCUGAAGUUACUCUUUUUAUUCUCUGUUGACCUGUGAACGUAAAGUCCAAACGCGACCUGUCUGAACCUCACCAACCGUGAAACAUCUGCAUGGAUCUUGCCUUGACUUUUCCCAGCUCCAGACUCCUCCUGGCCCUCCUGUGAGAACAUGUAUCCAAGUGAACCUGACCCUUCCCAGGACCAGCAGCACCUGGAGGCCCAGCUGGACUUCUUCCACAAGCUCGGGUACUCCACGGCUCAGGUUCAAGCCGUUGCGCAGCAGUUCGGCCCCCACAUGGACACAGAUAAAGUUCUGGGGGAGCUGGUUAGGAUCAGGGCCGGUCAGAAGGCCAAGCACGGGCCGGUGACCACGAUGUCGGUGCUGGUGCCCAGAGGGGACAUCCAGGCUGCAGGCUCCACCCUGCUGGUGCCUUUCACUGCAUCAUCUCCUCAGAGCAAAGAGGAGAGCGCUGAGGAUGAAGACGCUCUCAGACCCAUCGUUAUCGAUGGCAGCAAUGUGGCCAUGAGCCAUGGGAACAAGGAAGUUUUCUCUUGUCUGGGAAUCCAGUUGACUGUGAACUUCUUCCUGGACAAAGGCCACACUGAUAUCACUGUGUUUGUUCCCUCGUGGAGGAAGGAGCAGCCCAGGCCAGAUGUUCCCAUCACAGACCAGCAGAUUUUGAGGGACCUGGAGAGGAGGAAGAUUCUGGUGUUCACACCGUCGCGACGCGUUGCAGGCAAACGAGUGGUCUGUAAUGACGACUGGUUCAUCGUCAAGUUGGCCUACGAGACUGACGGCAUCAUCGUGUCCAACGACAUGUACCGGGACCUUCAGGGCAAAGAGCCUGAGUGGAAGCGCUUCAUCGAGGAGAGGCUGCUCAUGUACUCCUUUGUUAACAACAAGUUUAUGCCUCCCGAUGAUCCUUUGGGCCGACAUGGUCCAACCUUGGAGAACUUCCUGCGGAGGUUUCCAAAGACUCAAAAAAAACAGACAUGCCCUUAUGGAAAGAAAUGUACGUAUGGAAUCAAAUGUAAAUUCCACCAUCCUGAGCGAGCCAAGCAGUCCAAUCACUUGGUUGCCGAUGAGCUUCGGGAGAACGCUAAGCACCAUUCCACUCUUCAGAAACAAUCUCCCGGUCACUCCAGUCCUGUGCCUGGAGAAAGCCUCUCGUUGGUGGAGGACAUGGCAAAGAAACUGGCUCUCGGGAAUGAGAGCGUCCCCUUAAAGAAAGAGCAUAAAUAUGAACAUGUAUCUCAGGUGAAGGCGAGUCAGCGCUCCAGCAAAAGAGCCACGCCUAGAAAGGAGAAGUCCAGCCAGCACUCUGAUCACAGCUCGGUGCGGCGUAGUGGCUCUCAGGAGCAGCUAGACUCUGGUUUAGGCUCCAUAGAUAGUCAGCCAACGGAGGCUCCCUGGAGCGAUCACCAGUAUGGGGUGACGUAUGGGAGCUCUCAGCAUACCCACAAUUUAAGACAGCAGUUCUGUCCUCCAAGAAGUGCGCCGUGCAGCUGCUGCUCACACGGGCCUUCCUCUCAGGGGACUGCACCAGCUUUCAAGCACCACAACCAGCAAUACAGCCUUGGGCCUGUCAGCAGCCACAGCUCUGAUAUGAUCCCCUACGGCCCACCUCAUUACGCCAACUAUGGUGCAUACCCAUUGAGCAUGCGGGCGUACAGUCAGCCGACAGACUUCCAGCACAACAGAUCCCACAGCCGCCCACAGCAGCAGCCACAGCAGCACUACUGGUCCGAUCCAUUCGGGGCUCACCCUCCUGCAAACCACAGCCUGUCGAGGGAGAGCUCAUGCUGGGAGCCUCCUCGGGGGACACAGCAGAGUCCAAGUGGGCUGAAAGAGAGAGAAGUUGUCCGGAAAAAGCUCCUGGCUAUCUUCAGUGCCCACUUGGUGGACACGGCCAUGGACAUGUUUCCUCAGGUGAUGGAUCCGCAGAUGCUUGUUGCCGAGAUCCUGAUGCUGCAGAGUCAGAACAGGGCGCUGAGAUGAGCUGGUCCCAAGUCUUUCACUGGAAAGACUGCAGAAGCCAAGAUAAACAUGAGUUUGUGUAUUUCUGUAUAGUGGUAUCCACCUCUCUAUAUAAAGUGUAUUUGAAUGCGUUGGAGUUAUGUUACAUUCUCUGUGAAUUAGCUAAAAAUAAUGCAGUUGAUACAAAUUGUAUCUAUUUUUUAAGAAUACAAAAAGAAAUAUUGGCUUUUAAUAUGCUUAAUGGGAUUAAAAAGGAGUUACACCAGUAUACUCAGUUUAAUCCAGUGUAAUCUAAUAUAAUUCAGUACCAGUGUUCUUUAAUAAUAUGUUCAGUGUAGCGUUUCUGAGAAGAACAUUGAAUCUAAAAACGUGUUUGUGUCAUAUUGGCACUGUUCACCGUGCUUUCCCAACCAACUAUUGUAUAGGAUGGGCUGGGCAAUAAUGGAAUAUAAUAAAAGUGUCAUAUUGAAAUAACAACGUUGAGUUAUUGUGGCACACAUUUAAUAGGUGAUAACAGAUAACCUCAGAGAAAAUGAGAUUUGGAACAGAAAACUGGUUUUUGUAGUGCUUUCUAUUCUCAGUUUUGUUUAUUUAAGGUUUUGCAUUUGAUCUGUUGUUAUUUUUUGAGGGGAUCAGGCCCAAGAUGAAAACAUGAUAACCAAACUGUUUGACAGUGUUUCAUUUCUAUUUACCUGAGGGUAAAUUCACCAAAAUAAAUAUACAUUUUUAA